ACAGUAGACUGCAGGAAACAGUUUGGUAUGUCGCAACUGUCUCACUUAAUAUGCUAUGUCGUCCGUUAGGUACGGUUGUAUUUCAGGUGCUUAGCACAAUUUAGGUUACUUGCUGCCACAACUGUUCUUUAGAAAAGAGUGCCAAAAUCGACUCUGAGAUAAAGCUUUUUUCCCAAACGGUGCCGUAAGAAGUUAAACCUUUCAUUUUAAAAAACCCAAUAAAACAUGAAGACGUUGUUACUAGUGGGAAUGCUUUUUACGAUCUACUUGUGCACCACAAGAGCGGAUGAAGCAAGUAAGUCAACCCAGUCAGUUAGGACCAGAAGAGAGGAGAACUCUUUUGGCUGAUGACGAUGACGUGUUUACGGAUACAUCUCCAAGGAGAUACAGCCCCAAUUACAGACAACGAGAUUGCGCACGCAAGUACGAAGACUGCUCAUUCAAAGAAUGCUGCAGCGCCUGCAUCCGAUGCUCCUGCGACCGUAGCGGCAAGAACUGCAGAUGCAACGGAGAGAGUCAGCUAGCCCUUUUCUUAGGGCUCUGCAGAAACUGAUCCAUACGCGAAAAACGAAUUUUUUUAAUGGGCAUAUAUUAGUAUUGUUUUGGUUUUAUUGCUGGUUAUUUUUGUAUUUGUGUCAUAGUUUUUUUAUUUUUUUAUUUAUAUUUGUUAUAUAUAUAAAAUUGUGUUAAAUUCUAUUUUUCUAUAUUUUAAAAAAAUUUCUGAAGUUUUUUUAAAUCCGGUUAUUUCAUAUAAACUCAAAGGGCUUAUUUUAAGGAUAUUACACAUGUUAUCAAUUGUCACAAAGUAACUCACUCGAGGAAAGUUUUAGAUAUUUUAGCUGAAUUUUAUAUUUUCAAGCUAUUUUGUCUUAAAAUAAUUGCAAUUAUAUUCUUUAUUUUCCAAAUGGAAAUAUGCUUUUUUCCCUUCUCUUAUUUUUUUGUUCUCUUAUUUUGUUUUUAUUUUUACAAUUUUAUUUCAAAAUUAUUUUAAUUAAUUUCAAAAUAAAUUAUCUGAAAGAUUUUUUCGAACAUAAUACUAAAUUAUAUUUAAUUCCUUAUAUUUAACUCAUUUCUUUAUAUUGAAUACGGAGCUAAAUAUAACCGGAAUUCUGUUAAAUUUGUUUUUAUGUUUUCCAUUU